AUAAUGUCCGUCGAAUUAUAUUAGGAGCCAUACGUGAACGCGGCCGCCAUUUUGUUGGGGGCAAACACCUAACUUACCUGACCUUACUGUCUAUGGGCAACACUUGCUAUCAGUGACACCUGUUUCUCCAUUGGCCUCCAGUGAUCGUUGCCCACAGUGAUCGCUAUGUACGUACAUUCUGGAGCCCAAUGCGGUAUCUAACUUUCCACUAUCUAUGGGUGGCGCAGCUAAUUGGUGAAAUCACCUGUGCUAAGUGCAUAGGUAGAACCAAUACAUGGUUGGACUUUUACUCUCUGAAGCUGGACUUCUCCACCUCUGAGGAAAUAGUCCAACAUAUUGAAGACUUUGCAUUUAAUGCAUGAGGUGAGCGGAGGCCGGUUCCUCAUUGACUGCUUGGUUCGCUGUUUCCCUCCUGUCCUGCUGAGAUCCUCCAGCACCCUGGCGAGCCCACCAGCUAUCGCCAUGGCGCCCAAAGACAUCAUGACCAACUCUCAUGCCAAGUCUAUCCUGAACGCCAUGAAUUCGCUGCGGAAGAGUAACACGCUGUGUGACAUCACGCUGCGCGUCGACAGCGCCGACUUCCCUGCUCACCGCAUUGUCCUGGCAGCCUGCAGCGACUACUUCUGUGCCAUGUUCACCAGCGAGCUCUCGGAGAAAGGGAAGUCAUUUGUGGACAUCCAGGGCCUGACUGCGUCCACCAUGGAGAUCCUGCUGGACUUUGUGUACACUGAGACCGUACUGGUUACCGUGGAGAAUGUGCAGGAGCUCCUGCCUGCAGCCUGUCUUCUGCAGCUGAAAGGGGUCAAGAGGGCGUGCUGCGACUUCCUGAACAGCCAGCUGGACCCGACGAACUGCCUGGGCAUCCGGGAUUUUGCAGAGAUGCACAACUGCCUGGACCUGAUGCAGGCGGCCGAGCUCUUCUCCCAGAAGCACUUCUCCGAGGUGGUGCAGCACGAGGAGUUUAUGCUGCUCUGCCAGAACGAGGUGGAGAAGCUCAUCAAGUGUGAUGAGAUCCAGGUGGAUUCAGAGGAGCCGGUGUUUGAGGCUGUGAUUAACUGGGUGAAACACAACCGUAAGGAGAGAGAGCCCUACCUGCCUCACAUGCUAGAACACGUCCGAAUGCCACUACUCACACCACGCUACAUUACCGACGUUAUCGACGCUGAGCCCCUGAUUCGCUGCAGUCUGCCUUGUAGAGAUUUGGUCGACGAAGCCAAGAAGUUCCACCUGCGUCCUGAGUUAAGAAGCGAGAUGCAGGGACCCCGCACACAGGCACGCCUAGGGGCUAAAGAAGUGCUGCUGGUGAUUGGAGGCUUUGGCAGUCAGCAGUCCCCCAUAGACGUGGUGGAGAAGUACGACCCCAAGACACAGGAGUGGAGCUUCCUGCCUAAUAUCGCCCGGAAGCGGCGCUAUGUGGCGACUGUUGCCCUUAACGACCGCGUGUACGUGAUCGGCGGGUAUGACGGCCGCUCGCGGCUCAGCUCAGUGGAGUGUCUGGACUACACGGCGGACGAGGACGGCGUCUGGUACACCGUGGCAACCAUGAACGUGCGCCGCGGCCUGGCGGGGGCCACCACCCUCGGAGACAUGAUCUACGUGGCAGGGGGGUUUGACGGCAGUCGGAGACACACCAGCAUGGAACGUUACGACCCCAACAUCGACCAGUGGAGCAUGCUUGGAGAUAUGCAGACGGCCAGGGAGGGCGCCGGACUAGUGGUGGCCAGCGGCCUCAUCUACUGUCUCGGUGGAUAUGAUGGGCUGAACAUUCUGAACUCAGUGGAGCGCUACGACCCCCACACAGGACACUGGACCAGCGUCACACCCAUGUCUGCCAAGCGCUCAGGUGCGGGCGUAGCGCUGUUGAAUGACCACAUCUACGUGGUGGGUGGCUUUGACGGGACGUCCCACCUGUCGUCCGUGGAGGUGUACAACAUCCGCACCGACUACUGGACCACCGUGGCGCCCAUGACAACGCCGCGCUGCUACGUGGGGGCCACCGUCCUCAGAGGGAGACUCUACGCCAUCGCAGGCUAUGACGGAAACUCGCUCCUGAGCAGCAUCGAAUGCUACGACCCGGUGAUUGACAGCUGGGAGGUGGUGACUUCCAUGGCCACGCAGCGAUGUGAUGCAGGAGUGUGUGUUCUCCGAGAGAAAUGACCCUUGACCCCUCGUUGAAGACCACUCCUAGAGGAGGGGACGGCC